UAUAGAACCGUUUCUGUCAGCUGAAAGAUGUUGUUGUUGACAGACAAAGUGCGCUUACUCUCCGACUUGAUAAAGACCCCGGCGCUUCCUCGUAGCUAUAUGCAACCCAAAGCCAACCCGCUGGCUCUUAUCACGAAGCGCCGUUCGCCGUUCGCUUUAAUUGAACCAAUAAAAUAAUACAAUGCGCUAUUUAAGACACGUUCGGCUAUGUUGACUGCGAUGAAUUUUGAAAGCCGACGGGCCGUCAACUGUCAACUUGUGGGCCUCUGUCAGGCAGACGUUCAGUUCAGCUCGGUGCAGCAUCGAGAACAGUCGCAACAACCUGAAUAUUGAUUAGUGAGUGCGAUGUCAGUGCCAAAUACCGUAGCAGCCGCCACUGCUCCAGCAUCCAGUCCCAAUUACCUGUCCACACUGGAUCUGACUAAAAACGAGUCUGGUGACCAAAGGGACGCCACGAGUGGCGGGGCCAGCAGUGGCUCGAAAGUGCUGCGGUUCAUUUGGCACUCACUGUACAGCCAGUACAACUUCUUCUGCACAAGGUCCAAGACGCUUAAGCAGCUAGUCUGCCGUGAGGCCAAUAAGCCCUUGCCCAAAAAGUUUCGCCACACAAUGAGGCUGAACAAGUCGGCUAAGCGAAAGGGCUACGAGUUCUAUAUUAGCGACGAGGACAGGAGUAUACCCUCAGGCAUUCCGAAUUGUCCGCGCGGAUUGGAGUACCUUACGAGUAUCGACCAACUUUUAGUUAAACAGAAGGUGGAGCUGCUUGAGGCUUUCACUGGCUUCGAGACCAAUAACAAGUUCUCAAUCAAAAACGCACUCGGCCAGAAGGUCUACUACGCGGUGGAGGACAAUGACUGCUGCACACGCAACAUGUGUGGUCCUGCACGGCCCUUCGAUAUGAAAAUUUUCGACAAUUUCCAGCAAGAGGUCAUUCACCUGCAUCGUCCAUUGGCCUGCUCAGCUUGCUGCUUUCCCUGCUGCCUACAGACAAUGGAAGUCUCCGCACCGCCUGGCAAUGUUAUUGGAUCGAUAGAGCAGGAGUGGUCCAUUUGCUCUCCGUCGUUCCGCAUUUUAAAUCACCUUGGCGAUACGGUGCUUCGCAUUGAGGGUCCAUUCUGCACGUUCUCGCUCUGUGGCGACGUCGAGUUCAAUAUUGUCUCGCUAACUGGAGCGAAGGUGGGAAAAAUAUCCAAGCAGUGGUCAGGUCUGGCACGCGAAAUCUUUACGGACGCCGACUUCUUUGGCAUCACUUUCCCACUGGAUUUGGAUGUACGCAUGAAAGCCGUGCUGCUGGGCGCCACUUUCCUCAUUGAUGCCAUGUUCUUUGAAAAGUCUGGCAACCGCGAGGGGGAUACUCCUGGAAUGUUCUAGCUGUUUGUAAAUUUUUGUACUAUAGACGUGACCCCAAUGUAGUGUGACAAUGAUUAUCGAAACCCUGUGAACUAUCGCAUACUAGUCCGCUAUGGCCAAAGCAAACGCAUUUUUCAGUCGCCCAAAUCACAUUGAAUUGAUUUCAACAAGUUUCGCUAUAAGCGAUUUAAAAACUCUUGAAUGUUUUCGUUAUACUCAGGAUACAUUUUGAAUGUAAUUCAUUUCAAUUUCUGUUUUGUAUUUAUUAGAUCACACUGUUAUUGGGUUGUGUAUUAUGAUAUUUAUAUAUAUUAAUUAUUAUUUUUAUGCAAACAAA